AUGGCCGACGACUUCAUCUGGGAUGACUCCGAUGGGCAUCCCUCGGACAUUUUUGGCUUAGACCUCUCGGACUGCAUUUCCUUUGACUUCGGGGGCCAGUACCCAGAAGAAACUUCUUCAACUGGGAACCAUGCUCCAUAUUCUGGAUCAAUCGGAGGCAACCAGGAUAUAACCCGCUUGGUCUCCGGGACUCGAGAAGGUCAUGACACCCUAGGCAGGAAUCAAACCGACACCGCCGCAGAUGGAUUACACUUGAUAUCUAGAAGCCCAUCUGACCCAGUGAAAUCUAAGAAUGAAGGCGAAGGAGAACUAAACGAGCCAUCUGAAAUUGACACAAGGAACACACUGCUGACACCGUUAAACCUGGCAUCAAUUGACGAGAUGCCUCGACAGUUGGCUAAGGAGGAUAAACAACGCCCUGUAAGGUUCUCCGCCAUGUCCGUGAAGACUCUCAGAAACUGGAUGAGCGAUCAUCUGGAUAAUCCUUAUCCAGCCAGCCAGGAUCUGCGGCGGCUGCAAUCGCAAACCGGCCUCACAAAGCGCCAGAUCAGCACGUGGUUCGCAAAUGCCAGGAAAAGAACCAGAUUCCAACCUGCUCAGACUCCUCUGCCAAGUACAGAAGCAAAAUCCUGCUCGAUUACUAUCCCAAGACGUCCGCGGGCCCCAACACCGGCUCCAUUCGAGCAUAUGAACCCUUUACAGCGUUGGGAACACUCUCCUCCGGAGGUUGAGCCAGCCGAUGUAAGCAGUAUUGCUCGCGCCGUGAGGGAGUCUUUCGGUCUAUAUGGUACGAGUAUUCAAAGCAGCGGCUCAUUUUUAUCUGGAGAGGAUGAAUCAGUUCGGUCCUUCGAGCAUGGCUCUUCCAUCGGUGGCAGCGCCAACUCACGUUCAAGUCAAGGCUCCGUCAUCUCUGGCUCCUCAAGAGGCUCGCUUGGGUCAUCAUUGAAUUCACCUGUGGGCGCUUCACGGCGCCGGCGCCGGCGGAAACGGCAGGACGCCUUGCAAAUGGAGGGCCGUCGGACCGUGCUGGUCCCAUCUCGGAAUACGUUUGCAUGCACAUUCUGUACCGACUCCUUCAAGACCAAGUAUGAUUGGAGACGACAUGAAAAAUCCAUGCAUAUAUCUCUUGAUAGCUGGGUAUGCUCUCCUACCGGACCGGUGGCCACUGGACCUAGGCAAGUUGUGGCAUCCUGCGUCUACUGCGGACUGGAGAGCCCAGACGAACCGCAUCUUGCGGGUCAUAACUAUGCCGCCUGCUUCGGGAGGUCUUCAGAGGAGCGGACGUUCCACCGAAAAGACCACUUGCAGCAGCAUCUAAGACUGGUACAUGGGUCAAAAUUCAUGCCAUGGCCGAUGGAGGGCUGGAAGAAGGAAGCAAAUCAGAUCCAGUCGCGAUGCGGCUUCUGUGAUGCCACGUUGUUCUCCUGGGAGGAUCGAGUUGACCACCUGGCUCGGCAUUUCAAACGGGAUGGAAAGACUAUGGCGGACUGGAAGGGAGACUGGGGAUUCCAACCGCAUGUACUGGAGAUAGUUGAGAAUGCGAUGCCUCCCUAUCUGAUUCAUCUCGAAAGCGCAUCACCUUAUCCAUUUACCGCCGGAAAAGGGUCGCCUGAGUCUCCGACAAGCGCAUAUGAACUACUCAAAGCCGAAAUCCAGUACUUCAUAUUAGAUUACCUUGAUGGAAACGGCUCGAUGCCAACGGACGAAGAGCUACUAUACCAGGGGUGCUGUGUGAUAUUCGAUUCAGACCUUUUGAUACCAGAUGAGCUUGUGUCUUCCUCUGCAUCAUGGCUUCGGGAUCUUUUCCUCUCCUCAGACGAGAUUUCUCGAAGAGCUCAGACUCGACUGAUCAAGGGCAAGCAGAAGCCACGGCUCACUCCCCUGAAAAUCGCUGGGAAGGCAACGAUAUUCCAGGACUGCCUUCUAGAAUUACAGCUACAUAAUUUCGUACAGCAGCAGAAAAGCCGGGACUUGGUCCUCGAAGAUGAGUCUCUACAAAAGGAGGCAUGCAACAUCGUUGAGAACGCGGAAGCGCUCUCGCCGGCGCCCUCCAACAUCUUCAAACAUUUCCUACAGAGGGCUAUUGUUGGAUCAAGUAGGUGGAUCGACCCGUUCAGAGCCCGUUCCUUGGCCCUGGUAAUGGACGAGGGCCUGAACAGCCUUGAGCUUGGCCCAAUCCCGCUCGAGAUGUCCACAAGUGCGAGACCUGGUGCGGAAGAUCUCCAUCUGAAUCAUUUCGAGUCUCACAACCAAGUGAGGCUGCCGUCAGACGGCUCAAGCGCGCCUCGUAAAACCCCCAAACCGUCGCCAGGGAGAGCCAAGUCCCGCCCCGAGGAGCAGAUCGCAGGCCAUGACGACGACGUGUGGUUGACGUCCAUGCCCUUCUUCCUCAGUGGCGAGAAUUCCUACCUGCGCCUGUCAAAAGAUCUGUCUCGAUUUGUGGCCGCGUCAGUCUCGUCGCACAACCCGAAGCGCCAUGUCCCAACGGACGAGGAGCUGAGGCACCAAGCUCGAUGGAUCGUUUAUGAUGACCGUGCCUCUAGUGACGACCCAUGGAACCAAACACCGGCUGACAACGCUGUGUGGCUGCGUGAGUUCAAGCGCAGCAUUGGCCUGCCUACAGAUGACGGUGCGCGGUCCGAGGGUCUGGUCUAG